CAAGCUGCGGGGAUCAAGCCGUUGCAUGGUGCAACAUGGCUAGCCAUGCAGGUGAGACCUUGUGAUUGACAGGAAGCUGAUCCCAGGAUGGGCGCUGGGCCAUUGCAUGCCGAUUGCAGCAGGAUCUGCGAGACGAGCGUCGAGGACCGCCGUGUCGAGUGCGUGACGUCAGGCCGAGACCCCGACCGGGUGGUGCUGGCUUGGGACUCUGCAAGCCCAAGAAGCCACGAGGCUUCGAGGAGCUCUACGAAGUCAGCACCUUCAGAGUAUAGGAUCCGCUUCUACAACUUCAACAUGGGGAACAGCUCCAACUUCCAGUCGGUGGACCAGCUGCAGGGCCCGGGGGGCCGCGGGAAGUUUCAGGACGCCCUGGGCGAGCGCUUCGUGGACGGCCUCGCACCGGACGUGUCCUUCGCCACCUUCGUGGAGACGCGGCUGAACUUCAGAGAGUGGAUCGAGCAGUACAUGGCAAAGCGGAGUAGCUCCCGCCUGGACUCGCUGGUCGCGCAGAGCGCGCGGAGGGAGGGCAAGAAGAGCAAUCGCAACCUGAUGCUGAGUCUGAUGGAAGGUAUUGCUGCCACCUACAAUGGAAACCUCAAGUCCAUGCUGGCGUUCUGCAGCAAAGACUUUGUGGAGGACAGCUCUGGCGGAUUGUUCGGGAGACUCAACGAGCCAAGACUUGGAGGAAUGGUGCCCAAUCCGAAGAAGGCCUUCAUCGGUCGCAGCCUGGUCUUGCAGGGCGAGGCGGGCAGAGGGAUCCGGCUCAGCUUCGUGGGCACGCACUUCCCCAUCUCCCAGGUGGCUGCCGCGCUGGAGGACCCAUCGAAGGAUCCGCUGGAGGGGGCCAAGAUCGCCUUGGCCAAGACGUUGCGCAAGGUCUUGAAGAAAGCGAGCCUCAGGAAGCUGACGGACGAGAAGACCAUCAUCUUCUUGCAGGGGGACAUCAACAGCCGCACGGUGUUGCGUGGCAGCGAGGUGAACGAUGCCUUGCUGGAGGUCUUGGAAGAUGAGUCGCUGCAGUCAGCGAUGCAAGCAGAGUUGGAGCUGCCCCCCGGGCGGUGGCGCGAAGUGGUGCCCCACCACAGCGUCAACGACCUGCCGGUGACGUACAAGUUCAACGCCGAGAAGUCCUGCCAAACUGGCAACAGCCCCGUGCGCUCGGGAAGCAAUGAUCCAGAACAUUACCUCACCAUAGGUGACGUGAUGUCCAAAGCGCGCCUGCGCUCUUUUUCCGAAGCUCCGGAGCUUCGGAACGGGUGUGGCUUUCAGCACGGCUUGUACAAGAGGACUUUGGCGAGCCUCGGGGAGUGGUUGGACACCUGGGGCGUUGCCUUCAAGCAGCACGACUUCCGCUCCUUUCGGUUCCCGGCCUGCGCUGACCGAGUCAUCUACUGGGCCUCCGAUGAGCUGCACGACUACCUCUCCUUGGAGCUCCCUCGCGGGGGCUACGAGGUGAACCACGGCCAACUCGGGAGUGAUCAUCGCCCGGUGAGCCUCGAGGUGGUCAUGAAGCUUUACUCCUCCAAGAUCAGACACUCGACUCAUCUGAAGCCGGCGCGCAGCUUUAUGGGCGAGGGCUAUCUCUCCGAAGCGGAGGAUCUCGCAUCAGAGGAGGAUCCAGAUGACCUCUACGAGGCCACGCCAAAGACGGUGGCAUCAUCACCGCCAGCCUUUGGGAAGGCGGCUUCCCUGAGCAGCCGGCGCCUGUUUGCAGACGGCGCCGCUUCAGAGGAUGAAGGGACUUAGAGGAUGAAGCGCCGUCGGACAGCGAGUCCGUCGAAAUGUGCCUUGGACAUGUAACUCAGCACGGG